AUGAACCCGAACAACUUAUCAGAACCUGGUGUUGCGUGCAACCAACCCAUCUGCCAACUCAUCAUCAUCAUCAACGACAGCAUGACAUCAGUGCUCAACACCAAUGCUUCACUGCCGUGCAACCAUGACUUAUUUGAAAGCCUUAUUGUAAAGAAAAGAAUAAAGAUUUUAGUGUCUGGGCCACAGGCGUCUCCUGCCGACAACUCUUGCUGGGAUUCUGCUUUCUUUACCUAUCGAUGUAUGUUGUGUCUCCGAAAAGACAUACAAGGCCCCCCUUCAAUCGUGCGCCUCAAACUGCUUAGGACGAGCUUAGAUGAUCCACAUUUCACUCUUGGAGUGUCCAGUGAGCCUGACGCAAUGGUUCGUGGUAUCUGCGGUGUGGGAGUUGCACUCAGCCCCAAGGUUGAAAACGUCUUACUGGACUGGAUCCCAGCGAACAGUGGCCCUUAUGCUGCUCAAUUAAUAUUGAUGUUGAUGCGGUCUGAGACUGAGAAGGACGAGUUUUAUCAAUAUAUGUCACGACUGCUGCUACAAGACUAUGUGGGAUCAGACCAAUGCCUCAUGCUUGCAGGUCAGCCAGUCGACGUGGUAGAUAAAUUUGUCUGUGCCGUUGUAUAA